AGCGGUGGCGCGUUGGAGGCGGCCAUGGCAAAGCAAUACGACUCAGUGGCGUACCCCUUCUGUGAUGAGGUGACCAAAUAUGAGAUGCUCACUAAGAUCGGCCAAGGCACUUUCGGGGAGGUGUUUAAGGCAAAGCAUCGCCUGACCGGCCAAAAGGUGGCUCUGAAGAAAGUCCUGAUGGAGAACGAGAAGGAGGGGUUCCCCAUCACGGCCUUGCGGGAAAUCAAGAUCCUCCAGCUUCUAAAACAUGAGAAUGUGGUCAACUUGAUUGAGAUCUGUCGAGCCAAAGCUUCCCCCUAUAACCGCCGCAAAGGCAGCAUAUACCUGGUGUUCGACUUCUGCGAGCAUGACCUUGCUGGGCUGCUGAGCAACGUGUCAGUCAAGUUCACACUGUCUGAGAUCAAGAAGGUCAUGCAGAUGCUGCUCAAUGGCCUCUACUACAUCCACAGGAACAAGAUCCUGCACAGGGACCUGAAGCCAGCGAACGUGCUCAUCACCCGAGACGGGGUCCUCAAACUGGCAGACUUUGGGCUGGCCAGGGCCUUCAGUCUGGCCAGGAACAGCCAGCCCAACCGCUAUACCAACCGUGUGGUGACACUCUGGUACCGGCCCCCGGAGCUAUUGCUCGGGGCGCGGGAAUAUGGCCCCCCCAUUGACCUGUGGGGUGCUGGAUGCAUCAUGGCGGAGAUGUGGACCCGCAGCCCUAUCAUGCAGGGCAACACGGAGCAGCGCCAGCUUGCCCUCAUCUGCCAGCUCUGUGGCUCCAUCACGCCUGAGGUGUGGCCAAAUGUGCACAAGUACGAGCUGUUUGAGAAACUGGAGCUAGUGAAGGGCCAGAAGCGGAAGGUGAAGGAUAGGCUGAAGGCCUAUGUGCGCCACCCCUAUGCACUGGACCUCAUGGACAAGUUGCUGGUGCUGGACCCUGCGCAGCGCAUCGACAGCGAUGAUGCCCUCAACCAUGACUUCUUCUGGUCUGACCCCAUGCCCUCAGACCUCAAGGGCAUGCUCUCCACCCACCAGACAUCCAUGUUCCAGUACCUGGCGCCACCACGCCGCAAGGUCUGCCAGGUCACCCAGCCUUCCACUAACCAGAGCCGCAAUCCCACCCAUAUCAACCAGACGGAGUUCGAGCGUGUCUUCUGAGUGGCGGCGCUGCUG